AUGCCCCCCCCUGCCCCUUACACCUCCCUGUUACACCCCUCCACUGUUCUAUCCCGCAGAGAUGAUGUCGUGCCGUAUUUUAAGACAGAGCCAGGCCUGCCGCAGAUUCACCUGGAAGGCAACCGCCUUGUUCUCACUUGCCUCGCUGAAGGGAGCUGGCCUUUGGAGUUCAAGUGGAUGCACAAUGACAGUGAGCUCACCACCUACAGCAGCGAAUAUAAGUACAUUAUCCCGUCCUUACAGAGGCUUGACGCUGGGUUUUACCGCUGUGUGGUGCGAAACAGGAUGGGAGCUCUCUUGCAGAGAAGAUCAGAAGUUCAAGUCGCAUAUAUGGGAAAUUUCAUGGAUACGGACCAGAGGAAAACGGUUUCUCAAGGACACGCAGCAGUUCUCGACUUCCUUCCCAUCAGCAGCUGCCCCAGACCGCAGGUGACGUGGUUUAGAGAAGGGCACAAGAUCGUUCCCAGCAGCAGAAUAGCCAUCACACUGGAAAAUCAACUGGUGAUCCUUGCAGCGACAGCGGGUGAUGCCAGGGUUUACUACGCGCAGGCCGUCAACGAACGCAACGGAGACAGCAAGACCAGCCCGCUCGUUCACCUGAGCGUAGCAGGAGAUGCUGGCGCCCCCGAAGCCGUGGCUCCCGUCAUUGUGAUCCCCCCAGGCAACAGAAGUGUGGUGGCCGGGUCCAGCGAGAUCACCUUGGAAUGCGUGGCCAACGCCAGGCCUGUUGAGUUGCUGAGCGUGAACUGGAAGAGAAACGGGGUGAGGGUCACCAGUGGGCUCCACGGCUUUGGGAGACGUCUCACCAUCAGCAACCCGACGUCCGCGGACACCGGGGCGUACGUCUGCGAGGCGACACUGACGGGAAGCACUUUCGAACCAGCCACGGCGAAAGCCUUUCUUUCUAUCAUAGAGCCACCGUAUUUUACCGCCGAGCCCGAGCGUCGGAUUUUAGUGGACGUGGAAGAAACCGUGGACAUCGUCUGUCGAGCAAUGGGGGUCCCUCUGCCCACUCUCCAGUGGUACAAGGAUGCCGUCUCCAUCGGCAAGCUCCACAAUCCUCGAUACAAGAUGCUUGCGAGCGGAGGCCUGCGCAUCCAGCAUCUGCGUCCAGAGGACUCCGGAAUCUUCCAGUGCUUUGCCAGUAACGAAGGAGGGGAGAUCCAGACCUACACGUACCUGGACGUCACCAAUGUCGCCCCGGCGUUCACACAGCUGCCAGUGGACACCACGGUCACCGACGGGAUGACGGCCACUCUGAGGUGCGAGGUGUCCGGGGCGCCUAAGCCCGCCAUCACGUGGAGGAGAGGAAAACAUAUUUUGGCCAGUGGCUCUGUGCGCAUUCCUAGGUUUAUGCUUCUGGAAUCCGGGGGUCUGCAGAUAACCCCCGUCUUCAUCCAGGAUGCUGGCAACUACACCUGCUAUGCCACCAACACGGAGGGGUCCCUGAGCGCGUCUGCAGCACUGACUGUGUGGAAUCGUACGUCCAUCGUUAACCCUCCCGAGGACCGCGUGGUGAUUAAGGGGACCACGGCCACUCUGCACUGCGGAGCCACUCAUGACCCCCGGAUCACUCUCCGCUACGUGUGGAAGAAGGACAAUGCAAUCAUCACCCCAUCUGGCAGUUCCAGGAUCAUGGUGGAGAAGGACGGGUCCCUUGUCAUUAGCCAGACGUGGUCGGGUGACAUCGGAGACUACACCUGUGAAAUCCUCUCGGAAGGGGGGAAUGACUCCAGGACGGCCCGGCUGGAGGUGAUUGAACUGCCUCAUUCACCUCAGAACCUCCUGGCCAGCCUGAACUCUUCCCACAGCCACGCCGUGACGCUCUCGUGGGUUCGACCCUUUGACGGAAACAGCCCAGUCCUCUAUUACAUCGUGGAGCUGUCUGAAAACAACUCUCCGUGGAAAGUGCAUCUGUCAAACGUCGGCCCCGAGAUGACAGGCGUCACCGUGCGCGGCCUGACUCCAGCUCGCACCUAUCAGUUCAGGGUGUGUGCCGUGAAUCAAGUGGGCAAGGGUCAGUACAGCGCAGAGACGAGCAGGUUGGUGUUACCCGAAGAGCCGCCCAGCGCUCCCCCGAAGAAUAUCGUGGCCAGCGGGCGUACCAAUCAGUCCAUCAUGGUCCAGUGGCAGCCGCCCCCAGAGACGGAACACAACGGGGUGCUGCGCGGGUACAUCCUCAGGUACCGCCUGGCCGGCCUGCCUGGGGAGCACCAGCAGCGGAACAUCACCAGCCCGGAGGUCAACUACUGCCUGGUGACCGAGCUGAUCAUCUGGACCCAGUAUGAAAUCCAGGUGGCAGCUUACAACGGGGCGGGCCUGGGAGUCUUCAGCAGGGCCGUGACUGAGUACACCCUACAAGGAGUGCCUACCGCACCCCCCCAGAAUGUGCAGACGGACGCUGUGAAUUCCACAACCAUCCAGUUCCUGUGGAACCCUCCACCUCAGCAGUUCAUCAAUGGCAUCAACCAGGGAUACAAGCUUCUGGCAUGGCCCGCAGAGAUCCCGGAGGCCAUCACUGUGGUCACCAUUGCGCCAGAUUUCCAUGGAGCCCACCAUGGGUAUAUAACGAACCUGAAGAAGUUCACUGCUUACUUCACGUCAGUCCUGUGUUUCACCACUCCGGGGGACGGGCCUCCAAGCACGCCUCAGCUCGUACGGACUCAUGAGGACAAGCUCCCUGGUGCCCCGUCCAACCUGGUCAUUUCCAACAUCAGCCCCCGCUCAGCCACACUUCAGUUCCGCCCCGGCUACGACGGGAAGACGUCCAUCUCCAGGUGGAUCGUAGAGGGACAGGUUGGAGCCAUCGGAGAGGAGGAGGAGUGGGUCAGCCUCUACGAGGAGGAGAAUGAGCCUGACGCCCAGACGCUGGAGAUCCCAAACCUCACACCCUACACUCAUUACAGAUUUCGAAUGAGGCAGGUGAACAUCGUCGGUGCCAGCCCCUUCAGCCAGUCCUCCCGGGUCAUCCAGACCCUGCAGGCGCCCCCGGACGUGGCUCCGACCAGCAUCACCGUGCGGACUGCUAGUGAGACCAGCCUGCGGCUCCGCUGGGUGCCCCUGCCCGAUUCCCAGUACAACGGGAACCCCGAGUCGGUGGGCUACAGGAUUAAGUACUGGCGCCCCGACCUCCGGCCCCAGGCACUGGCACAGGUCAUCAACGACCGGCUGGAGAGGGAGUUCACCAUCGAGGGGCUGGAGGAGUGGACGGAGUACGAGCUCCAGAUGCAGGCGUUCAACGCCAUCGGCGCCGGGCCCUGGAGCGAGGCGGUGCGGGGCCGCACGCGCGAGUCAGUUCCUUCAGCCGCGCCUGAAAAUGUGUCCGCCGAGGCUGUGAGCUCGACCCAGAUUUUACUGACAUGGGCUUCGGUACCAGAACAGGACCAGAACGGGCUCAUCCUGGGCUACAAGAUCCUGUUCCGGGCCAAAGAGCUGGAUCCCGAGCCCCGCAGCCACGUCGUGCGCGGGAACCACACGCAGUCGGCGCUGCUGACGGGUCUCCGGAAGUUUGUGCUAUACGAGCUCCAGGUGCUGGCGUUCACCCGCAUCGGGAACGGAGUCCCCAGCUCUCCCCUCCUCCUGGAGCGGACCAAGGAUGACGCCCCAGGCCCACCCGUGAGGCUCGUGUUUCCUGAAGUGAGACUCACGUCCGUGCGGAUCGUGUGGCAGCCGCCGGAGGAGCCCAACGGCAUCAUCCUGGCGGCUGAAAAUGAGGAGCCGGGAGUCGUGUUGGGGUUCAAGCCUGGCUCAGGACCUCCGGACAUCCGAGAUGUCACGUGCAGAGUGAAGGCCGCUGCCGCGGCUGAGGGCAGCCUUGGGCUCCGGGCCGCCUCGGGAGUCUCCCAAGACGUGUGCGCCCGUGGCCAGUUGUCUGCCCGCUCUGGAUACGGACGCUGGGAGAGCGUGUGCGAGGGGGUCAUGUCCACCCCUUACUCUCUCAGCGGGGACGUUCCUCCCACGCCCCUGAUCAGCCAUCGCGAACGGUUGACAGGGGUGGGAGCCGCCUGCCUUGCUGACUACGAGAGGGAGCACAAAGAGAAGCUCUCGCACCUGCACGGUGAAAUAGCGGAUGGGGGAGGCCCCGUCGCUGCCCGGGACCCACUGGAGCCGGAGGCUGCGAGCCGUCACUUCUGCCUGGGGCACCAGGAGCUCUCUGGGGGGCGCCGGCCGCUCUGCAACCCAAAGAGAACAGAGCAGGGGCGGCUGAGGCCCUUCACCUCCUACAAGCUGCGCCUGAAAGCCACCAAUGACAUCGGGGACAGUGACUUCAGUGCGGAGACGGACGCCGUCACCACGCUGCAAGACGUUCCAGGAGAGCCUCCCAGUUCCGUCUCGGUGACACCGCACACGACCUCCUCCGUUCUGAUCCAGUGGCAGCCUCCGAGAGACGAGAGCCUGAACGGCCUCCUCCAGGGAUACCGGAUCUACUACCGGGAGCUGGAGUCCGAGGCCUCCUCAGCCACGGCCUCCAAGACGCUCAAAACGCCCUCGGCUCUACGGGCCGAGCUCACAGCCCAAAGCAGCUUCAAGACCGUGAACAGCAGCUCCACAUUAACGACGUAUGAAUUAACACAUCUGAAGAAAUACCGGCGCUAUGAGGUCGUCCUGACGGCCUACAACAUCAUCGGCGAGAGCCCGGCCAGCGCACCCGUCGAGGUCUUUGUCGGCGAGGCCGCCCCGGCCAUGGCCCCGCAGAACAUCCAGGUGACCCCGCUCACGGCCAGCCAGCUGGAGGUCACAUGGGAGCCGCCGCCACCGGAGAGCCAGAACGGGAACAUCCAGGGCUACAAGGUUUACUACUGGGAGGCAGACAGCCAGAACGAAACAGAGAAGAUGAAGGUCCUGUUCCUGCCGGAGACCGUGCUGAAACUGAAGAACCUGACCGGUCACACCCCUUACCGGGUCAGCAUCUCGGCCUUCAACGCGGCUGGAGACGGGCCCCGGAGUGACCCCAGGCAGGGGCGCACCCACCAGGCCGCUCCGGGGACCCCCAGCUUUUUGGCGUUCUCAGAAAUAACCUCUACCACGCUUAACGUCUCGUGGGGCGAGCCGGUGGCAGCCAAUGGCAUCCUGCAGGGCUACCGAGUGGUCUACGAGCCCUUAGCGCCCGUGCAAGGGGUGAGCAAGGUGGUGACGGUGGACGUGAAGGGGAACUGGCAGCGCUGGCUGAAGGUCCGGGAUCUCACCAAAGGAGCGACCUACUUCUUCCGUGUACAAGCGCGGACCAUCGCCUAUGGCCCCGAGCUGCAAGCGAACGUCACAGCCGGGCCCGCCGAGGGCUCCCCGGGGUCCCCCAGAGAUGUCUCGGUCAGCAAGUCCGCCUCUGAGCUGACCCUGCAGUGGACGGAGGGAAGCGUGGGCAGGACUCCCACCACGGGCUACGUCAUCGAGGUCAGGCCCUCAGAUGAAGGCCUGUGGGACAUGUUUGCGAAGGACAUCCCCCGGAGUGCCACCUCCUACACCGUCAGCCUGGACAAGCUCAGGCAGGGAGUGACGUACGAGUUCCGAGUGGUGGCCGUGAACCAGGCGGGCUACGGGGAGCCCAGCAGCCCCUCUACAGCCGUGUCAGAUGCAGCGGUAUUUUUGAACGUGAUCUAUAACGCGUUAGCCAGAAGCAUUGACCAGAUGAAUCACCAGACUAUUCAAUGUCACGGGAACGCAGUGCUGGGCACGUCUCCGAAGCAUCGCUGUAGCUUGGCCGAGAACGUGACCAGCUCCCUGGUGUCACCAGGGCGGCAGGACAGGCCCCAUAGCUGGAGCUAUUCCCACUGUUCCUCCGUCUUUGCUCCCCAGGAGGCCGGCUCCCUGGUGGGGUCCUCCUGCAAAGGAGCCGGCCCGAAGGCUGGUGUUCUGGUGUCAGACAAAGCAAACACCACAGUGCUCCGAGCGCUGCGAUUAAUACGCUGCCGGCUCCCCGGCGAGCCUCCGCCCACCCCGCGCGCCCAGGCGGGUCUGGCCGGGCUCUGGGCCCUGCUUCCAGCGGGAACUCCGCACACCUGGAAGAACAUCUCCAACGUGGAGGAGACCGUGACCCUGGACAACGGAGGGUUUGCCGCCUUGGAGCUCAACAGCCGCCACCUCAAUGUCAAGAACACCUUCUCAAAGAAGAAUGGGACCAGGUCCCCACCCCGGCCCAGCCCCGGCGGGCUGCACUACUCAGACGAGGACAUCUGCAACAAAUACAACAGCGCCGUGCUGACCGAGAGCACAAACCUCAAGGAGAAGUCUGUGGACGCUUCGGAAUCUGAGGACGGCCGGCGAGGGGGCAGGAACCCGCGCGAGGCGACAGGCUGCAAGCUGAACUUCUUGGAAGACAGAUGCCUGGUGGAGAACACGGACAAACUGCCUUCUGUGCACUUCGAGCUCUAA